AUGACUCUCCUGAAAGAACUGACAUCGCAGAGGAUGUGGAAGUGCACGAAGGUUUUCAAUGACGCCUCGCUUCGAUGCCCCGUCAUAAAAAUGAUUUCGCGUGCAGGGAAACCGGAAUCACUCAUAGCUACUGUGGCACGCAAGCAGUGCGAAAACAUUGCCCUUAACAAGCCGGCAUGGCAACUUCAUCCAUUUCAACCACAUGACGAUAGAUAUAAUGCAAGAAAUGCUGUGGAUGGACUCAAAUCUAAGCUGACCUCAGUGGGAGGGGAGUGUGUCAUAUCAACUAAUAAUCAAAGGAAAGCUACAUGGAGAGUGGACCUAGAGGACAUUCUCAGUAUACGUCACAUUGCCAUUUAUUACAGGACGGAGAAUACUGCAUGGGGUCCAACAAAUUCUUUUGGUGGUAGAUUUUUGGGAUUUUCCUUAUACGUAUCAAACACAACCGACAAAAAUCAAGCUACAUUGUGUUUCCACGACACAACCUACACAAGAGACACAAUACCCGCCGUCCUCAACGUCACGUGUCCAGUUCACGGACAAUACGUUAUCUACUACAAUGAAAGAAAACAAGGAGGGAACCCUGCUGGAUAUAGUACUUACGCAUAUAGUGAACUCUGUGAGGUAGAGGUUUAUGUCCAUAAAGGUUGUCCUGUACCCGGUUACUACGGACCUGAUUGUUCAACCCCUUGUCCUAAUACCUGUAGGUACUGUCACAUCGAGACUGGAGCGUGUCAAGGAUGUAAACCUGGAUACCAGGGACAUCAGUGUGAACUAUCUUGCACUCUUCAGUAUUACGGACAACUAUGUAAGGAGACCUGUGGUAACUGUAGUGACGGGGUGACGUGUAACAAUGUGAACGGAACGUGUACAAACGGAUGUGACGUCGGUGUCUACGGAGAUAAAUGCAAAACACCUUGUCCUGUUGGUUGGCACGGAAAGAACUGCACAGUACAGUGUGGAUGUAACACGUGUGACAGAUUUAGAGGACAAUGUACAUCUCCCUGUUACCCAGGCUGGAAGGGAACACAUUGUACUCAGGAAUGUGACAGGAGGAAAUAUGGACUUGGCUGUAUACAACACUGUGGAGCCUGUCUAGAUUAUAAACAAUGUCACCAUAUAAACGGAUCAUGUCUUCAAAGAUGUGAUGCCGGAUUUCAAGGAGAACUUUGUAAAACUAAAUGUUUUCCUGGCAAAUUCGGAAAGAACUGUGAGCAAAAUUGUUCUGAUAAUUGUGAGGGCGAUCCCGAAACUUGUAACGGAACAACGGGAGAAUGCAAGGCUGGAUGUCGUCCGGGCUAUGAUGGGCUAAGAUGUGACAGGGAGUGUGUAGAUAACCAGUACGGAGAAGACUGUAAUCAGACGUGCGGAAAAUGUCGAGAAGGCAAGCCGUGUCAUCACGUCAGCGGUUCCUGUAAUGACGAAUGUGAACCUGGAUACCGGGGCAACAACUGUGAUGAAGUCUGCGAGUUUGGCCAUUUUGGUGCUAGCUGUAAAGAGGAAUGUAGCGUAUUCUGUGGGAAAUCACGUGAUUGUCAUCAUGUGACGGGUUAUUGCAGAUCGGGCUGCAAAACUGGAUGGCGUGGAAACGAUUGUUUAGAAGUCGAUACUCAACAACAGGGCACAGAGUGCGACAGAAACUGCGAAACCAGAUUCUAUGGUAUCCUAUGUGCCUUUUGUGUUAUUGUGGUUCUAAAUGGGGUGUAUGGUCUUUACAGAAUUACGAAAUGGAACAAGAAACGAUUGGACAAAGAUAAGAAAUAUCGUGCGAGUGACUCCACCAUUUGCACCAAAGACACCGUUUUACAAGUCUGUAAAGACGAGAACGUCAACAGUGGAUAUCAAGAGCUUGGAGAACUGAGUUCAUCCUCAACCUAUGAUACCAUUCGCUAGAGGGAUAUAGUGUUUACAUAUAAUUUUGCUACGACAUUGCUGUCAAUAUAUUUUGCACCGCGAUACAAUAAGAUUACAAUGUUGAACGCCUGCGAUAUAACGAUUUUUCUACACACACACACUUUCUAAAAAAAGUUCGGGUAAAUAUUUGUUACCAUGCCUUUCUGUCCGUCAAUUUGUUAUACAUUCUUUUUCUUCCAACUUCUUUUUUUUAUUUUAAGCAGUAACCAAAUUUUGUUUAGAUAUGAUUGGUUUUGCUUUUUAUAUGUGUAAUAAGAUUUCGAUGCUUUUAUUUUCAACAUGGGAGCCAAAUGGAGUUUGAAAAUAUUUGAAAACAAGGUGCCCGGAAUUAUAUUUUACGGAGUAGGCAAGAUGAUUGGUUAAUUGAUUGAUUGAUUGCGGUUUUACGCCGUUUUUGGCAAAAUGUCAGCCAUUGCAAGACAUUAUAAAGAUAAUUAGUGAUGUACUGUAUAUUUCUAACAAUCAUUUUAAAUUUUAUAUUUUGUCCUGAAAGCCAAAUAGAGGUAAGACUAAGAUGAUUUUUUUUGACAAAAAAAGCCCUGGUUCCCAGAAUUACUCUUACAUUUUACGUAGUAACAAAAUCAUCAUGUUGGAAGGUAAUUGGUGGUGUCCUAUAUAUGUGAAUUGAUGUUACAGAAUUUUCAUUAUCACACGGAUUGGGGGGGGGGGGGGUAAAGAACAUCUUUUUUCUACAGGUAAACCUGGUUUCCAAAACUCCUCUUACAAUGUAUGCAGUAACCGUAUCACCGUUUUGGAGAUGAUCGAUAAUGUCCUUUAGAAGUGUAGUAUGUUUUCUGAAUUUAGGGACAAAUGAGAUGGGAGAACAACGACAACAAUUUGGUGUUCAGUGCAUUGUGCCUCAUGGAACACAAAUAUACAUGCAUUUGCUUUAUGGGUGAACAUGUCAACCAUUUUAAACGUAUUUGAACAAUUUAAGCUUCCCGUAUCAGGAUACUCAGUCAAUAUUCAUUUGUAUAUAGAGUUUAAAAGUCAUCACCUCACGUUUUGAAUACAACUCAAUUAUUAUCAAAUAGGGUUUGGGAUGACCCCAGUACUUAAUGCAUCUUGACAUAUGGAGCACGUAUUUUUAUGGUAUAAGGUGUAUUUACUUGAGUGCGGGUAUUACUGUCUUGUGAUAACAUUAUAUUCUUUUUAUUUAAGUUGUUAACGUUUUUUUUUUAUUUAUCACUAUCUCAUUGUGUAUCUUUAAAAAUUGAUGUGAAAUCGAUUGUCAAUAAAAUUAACAUUUUUCAGACCAGG